AUGAGAAAUCAAGGCGAGAACCGAACCACAACUCCCAUAAGCACAGCGGGACACAAUAGACCAAUCAGAAAAGGCAGUGCUUUGAGUGUCAUUCUGGGCGGCCUAUCAGCGGCUGGUGGGCGGGUCCCCGGAGUCAGUGUCAGCCGGUGCGGCCGGGCAGGAGCCUACCGGAGCCGGCUGUGGUACUGUGGCUGUAUCAGUGUCCGCUGGCCGGCUUCCACCGGCUGCUCCUCAAUUCAGCAAUUCAGCCCUUCUGACUGCUUGGCUCGGGGAAGGCGGCUUCCACCGCCUGAACCGCCACGGCUCCCUGAGCAUUGUGGAGACACAAAACACCCCACGUUAGUCCCGGACGGCUGUGAGGGGUUUGCGGGCGUGUCAGCGGCAGAGGUAUGCCGGCAGGGCGCGGUGAGAGCGGAGGCCCGAGCUGACCCCGCCGCGGCCGGCAGGGGGCGCCAGAGCCCCGCGCUCCGCCCGGCACCUUCGCGCCUGCGCACCGACCCAGCCGACACGGCGCGUGCGCACCGUGCCCCCGCGCAGUCCAACCGACGCUCCUCGCCCAGCCUCGAGGCGCCGUGCGCAUGCGCACCGCCCCCUUGCUGCCCCCUCCCACUCUACCGCACCCCCCCGGCCGCUCGGCGGGCGAUGUGGAAGGAAUCCCGGGACUGCUGA